AUGGAAAUAAAGACCAUGACAGAUGUUGAUCAUCAGUUGUUCAAAGGUUAUGGGGUAACACCGAAGAAGAAGAGUGUUCCGUACAUGAGGCCCCCGGGUUUGGCUGGGCGCGGGAGCCGUCCGUCCGUCCGUCCGUCCCUCCGCCGCUCAGCCUUUCCCCCCCUUCCCGGCCAGGUAGCCCUGCUGGACCGCAACUCCGAGGCUGGGCAGGAGAGCAAGGCAGCCCUGGACGAGCAGUUCGAAGCGCAGAGGACGGUGUUCAUCCAGUGCGACGUUACAGAUCAGGAGCAGCUGAAAGGGGCUUUCAAAAAAGUAAUUGAACAUUUUGGAAGGCUGGAUAUUGUGGUUAAUAAUGCUGGAGUGAACAAUGAGAAGGACUGGGAAAGCACUAUACAAAUUAACUUGACAUCUGUAAUUAGAGGAACAUACCUUGGCAUAGAAUAUAUGAGAAAAGGAAAUGGAGGUGAUGGAGGAGUAAUCAUUAACAUCUCAUCUUUGGCAGGACUUAUGCCUGCUGCAUUCCAACCUGUGUACUGUGCUACAAAGCAUGGUGUGAUUGGAUUCACACGGUCAAUAGCAUUAGCUGCUAAUAUGGAAAACUAUGGUGUGAGGCUCAACACAAUUUGUCCAGGAUUUGUCAACACACCGAUUCUUCAAUCAAUAGAUAAAGAAGAGAAUAUGGGACAAUAUUAUUCAUAUAAGGAUGAAAUUAAAAAUAUGAUGCAGUUCUAUGGCGUGAUGGACCCAUCAAUAAUUGCUGAGGGACUGAUAACAAUUAUUGAAGAUGAUACCCUAAAUGGUGAAGUUAUGAAGAUUACAGCAUCCCAAGGGAUUCAUUUUCAACAAUACAGCCAAACACCUUUUACAUCAUCAAAGAGAUAA